CUGCCCAGCAAGGUAAUGCGAGCUUCUCACCAGCAGGUGGCGCCGAGACUGCGGUACUCUGACACCUCGGAACGUUUCUAUCCGGAUCCAGCGCUUGGGGGGAGGCGGAUUUCCUGCGGACCCAUUUUGUUUACUGCCAGCUGGGAGAUGCUACAGACACAGAGCUCUCUGGCUGAGUCCGUUGAUGGGGAGGAACUGAGGGUCGAGGAGGGGAUCCUGGAAGGGAACGGGGAUCUGAGACCCAGCAGCACUGCCUUCCACUCUCUGUAUAUUUACCUUCCUGGAGGUGACUCUCAGCCUGGUACUGACACUGAGGAUGGCAGCUCUGCCAGUCUGUCCGGAGAUGCAGCCUGCACCGACGACUUCAGCCUGUCGCUGGUGGAUACAAACUUACCCUCCGAGUCGGAGCUGGAGCUGCGCAGCUUCGUUUCUAAGCGCCUGUCCCGCGGCGCCCUGUUUGAGGGAAUGGGAAACGUUGCAUCUGUGGAACUGAGCUCUACAGAAUAUUCUAUGGGAUGUUUCUAUUGCCUCCUGCAAGAAGACAAAGUGGGGGAAGCAGCAGAGGCGGAGCUCAGUGCGCCCCCCCCAGAAUACAUUGUCUGCUUUCUGGCAGGUUCUGAAAAAGGACUUGACUUGUUCCGAUUGGAGCUGGAUAAAUACGCUGAGGCGCUGAAGGCAAAACUGGACCCCCAGAUGAGCAACCUGGAGACUGACAUAAGGCCCCACCUCUGCAGCUGGUUUGAAGCCUCCGUGCAGCCAAUCCAGAGGGUGGUGCAUCUGUUCCAAGAGAAGCUGGCCUACCUAUUGCACGCAGCGCUGAGCUACACGCCGGUCGAGGUGAGGAACGCAGAUGACAGGACCCAGGGUGACAUAAGCAGGUUCCUGGGCAUGGCCGGGCUGCAGGGGUUGGUGCAGGAGGGCACCAUGGCAUCUCUAUGUGUUGCAAUGACGGAGGAGGAGCAGAGGGCACUUAUUGUAGACUGCAGUGACUCCCAGCCGCAGAUCCUGCAUGCAGUGAGUAACAAGUUCUGUGAGGACUGGAUGCAGAUUGUUACACACAGCCCUGACGGGGGCAACCCCUUCCUCUUCCGCCAGCGACUGGAGAACUUCAAGCUAAAGGCAAUCCAGGAUAUGAACAACCUGAAGCGGCUGAUCCGACAGGCAGAGAUGAGCCACUACGCCUUGUUUCGGUGCUACGCCUUCCUGCGGAACUGCGGCAAUGGCGACAUUCUGCUGAAGAUUGUGAGGGUGGAGCACGCGGAGAUGCCGGAGGCCAGCAGUGUCCUGAGGGUCCUGGAGGAGUUUAUCCAGGAGGAUGGAUUUUCCGCUCACAACUGCUGAGCUGUCUCUAUGGUUCUGUUAGUAGUCACUGGGCUCACAGCUCUCUCGCUCUAACGACCAUGGGCUCUGCGCUUUCAUCAACUUGACUGGGGGGCCACACAAAUCCCACUACAUAGAGUGUCCUGGGCAGUCUCACAGGGGCCCCAAAAUGCCCAAGGUUCUCUCCAUUCACUAUUUGUAUUGUGCAUCUUGGGAGCAGUCACAGGGGCCCCCGGGGGUUGGUGUCUCCUACUGGGAGCAGUCACGGGGGCCCCCGGGGGUUGGUGUCUCCUACUGGGAGCAGUCACGGGGGCCCCCGGGGGUUGGUGUCUCCUACUGGGAGCAGUCACGGGGGCCCCCGGGGGUUGGUGUCUCCUACUGGGAGCAGUCACGGGGGCCCCCGGGGGUUGGUGUCUCCUACUGGGAGCAGUCACGGGGGCCCCCGGGGGUUGGUGUCUCCUACUGGGAGCAGUCACGGGGGCCCCCGGGGGUUGGUGUCUCCUACUGGGAGCAGUCACGGGGGCCCCCGGGGGUUGGUGUCUCCUACUGGGAGCAGUCACGGGGGCCCCCGGGGGUUGGUGUCUCCUACUGGGAGCAGUCACGGGGGCCCCCGGGGGUUGGUGUCUCCUACUGGGAGCAGUCACGGGGGCCCCCGGGGGUUGGUGUCUCCUACUUUAUAUUUUAUGGUGCAACAAUAAUGACAAUAACGGUCUCUUUUACCCAAUCACUAACAUGUUGGUACAAAACUGCAGUAUUGGGGGUAACACUACAUUUUGUAACUUGGCCUUUUGGGGGUGAGAUAUUAAUUUAAUGUAAAAAAGGUUUUUAUGGGAAGGUGAGAGAGGAAAUGCUGUUUCUGGGGGAUAGGGACCGGGGCCUAGAGAGGUGCCUGUAUCUGCCCGGGAUAUGGCCUUCUGGGAAGGUGCCCCUAUAUAGGCAGAACCCACUGUGGAUAAGAAGCCAUGUUGGGCCAUAACGUAGGCGAGUGGGUUACAUACAAGCUGCCCCUAUAUAGGCAGAACCCACUGUGGAUAAGAAGCCGUGUUGGGCCAUAACGUAGGCGAGUGGGUUACAUACAAGCUGCCCCUAUAUAGGCAGAACCCACUGUGGAUAAGAAGCCGUGUUGGGCCAUAACGUAGGCGAGUGGGUUACAUACAAGCUGCCCCUAUAUAGGCAGAACCCACUGUGGAUAAGAAGCCAUGUUGGGCCAUAACGUAGGCGAGUGGGUUACAUACAAGCUGCCCCUAUAUAGGCAGAACCCACUGUGGAUAAGAAGCCGUGUUGGGCCAUAACGUAGGCGAGUGGGUUACAUACAAGCUGCCCCUAUAUAGGCAGAACCCACUGUGGAUAAGAAGCCGUGUUGGGCCAUAACGUAGGCGAGUGGGUUACAUACAAGCUGCCCCUAUAUAGGCAGAACCCACUGUGGAUAAGGAGCCAUGUUGGGCCAUAACGUAGGCAAGUGGGUUACAUACAAGCUGCCCCUAUAUAGGCAGAACCCACUGUUGAUAAGAAGCCGUGUUGGGCCAUAACAUAGGCGAGUGGGUUACAUACAAGCUGCCCCUAUAUAGGCAGAACCCACUGUGGAUAAGAAGCCGUGUUGGGCCAUAAAAUAGGCGAGUGGGUUACAUACAAGCUGACCCUAUAUAGGCAGAACCCACUGUGGAUAAGAAGCCGUGUUGGGCCAUAACGUAGGCGAGUGGGUUACAUACAAGCUGCCCCUAUAUAGGCAGAACCCACUGUGGAUAAGGAGCCAUGUUGGGCCAUAACGUAGGCGAGUGGGUUACAUACAAGCUGCCCCUAUAUAGGCAGAACCCACUGUGGAUAAGAAGCCGUGUUGGGCCAUAAAGUAGGCGAGUGGGUUACAUACAAGCUGCCCCUAUAUAGGCAGAACCCACUGUGGAUAAGAAGCCGUGUUGGGCCAUAACGUAGGCGAGUGGGUUACAUACAAGCUGCCCCUAUAUAGGCAGAACCCACUGUGGAUAAGGAGCCAUGUUGGGCCAUAACGUAGGCAAGUGGGUUACAUACAAGCUGCCCCUAUAUAGGCAGAACCCACUGUUGAUAAGAAGCCGUGUUGGGCCAUAACAUAGGCGAGUGGGUUACAUACAAGCUGCCCCUAUAUAGGCAGAACCCACUGUGGAUAAGAAGCCGUGUUGGGCCAUAAAAUAGGCGAGUGGGUUACAUACAAGCUGCCCCUAUAUAGGCAGAACCCACUGUGGAUAAGAAGCCGUGUUGGGCCAUAACGUAGGCAAGUGGGUUACAUACAAGCUGCCCCUAUAUAGGCAGAACCCACUGUGGAUAAGGAGCCAUGUUGGGCCAUAACGUAGGCGAGUGGGUUACAUACAAGCUGCCCCUAUAUAGGCAGAACCCACUGUGGAUAAGGAGCCAUGUUGGGCCAUAACGUAGGCAAGUGGGUUACAUACAAGCUGCCCCUAUAUAGGCAGAACCCACUGUUGAUAAGAAGCCGUGUUGGGCCAUAACGUAGGCGAGUGGGUUACAUACAAGCUGACCCUAUAUAGGCAGAACCCACUGUUGAUAAGAAGCCGUGUUGGGCCAUAACGUAGGCAAGUGGGUUACAUACAAGCUGCCCCUAUAUAGGCAGAACCCACUGUUGAUAAGAAGCCGUGUUGGGCCAUAACGUAGGCGAGUGGGUUACAUACAAGCUGACCCUAUAUAGGCAGAACCCACUGUGGAUAAGAAGCCAUGUUGGGCCAUAACGUAGGCGAGUGGGUUACAUACAAGCUGCCCCUAUAUAGGCAGAACCCACUGUGGAUAAGAAGCCAUGUUGGGCCAUAACAUAGGCGAGUGGGUUACAUACAAGCUGCCCCUAUAUAGGCAGAACCCACUGUGGAUAAGAGGCCAUAACGUAGGCGAGUGUGUUACAUACAAGGUGCCCCUAUAUAGGCAGAACCCACUGUGGAUAAGAGGCCAUAACGUAGGCGAGUGGGUUACAUACAAGGUGCCCCUAUAUAGGCAGAACCCACUGUGGAUAAGAGGCCAUAACGUAGGCGAGUGGGUUACAUACAAGCUGCCCCUUUAUAGGCAGAACCCACUGUGGAUAAGAGGCCAUAACGUAGGCGAGUGGGUUACAUACAAGCUGCCCCUUUAUAGGCAGAACCCACUGUGGAUAAGAGGCCAUAACGUAGGCGAGUGGGUUACAUACAAGCUGCCCCUUUAUAGGCAGAACCCACUGUGGAUAAGAGGCCAUAACGUAGGCGAGUGGGUUACAUACAAGCUGCCCCUUUAUAGGCAGAACCCACUGUGGAUAAGAGGCCAUAACGUAGGCGAGUGGGUUACAUACAAGCUGCCCCUUUAUAGGCAGAACCCACUGUGGAUAAGAGGCCAUAACGUAGGCGAGUGGGUUACAUACAAGCUGCCCCUUUAUAGGCAGAACCCACUGUGGAUAAGAGGCCAUAACGUAGGCGAGUGGGUUACAUACAAGCUGCCCCUUUAUAGGCAGAACCCACUGUGGAUAAGAGGCCAUAACGUAGGCGAGUGGGUUACAUACAAGCUGCCCCUUUAUAGGCAGAACCCACUGUGGAUAAGAGGCCAUAACGUAGGCGAGUGGGUUACAUACAAGCUGCCCCUUUAUAGGCAGAACCCACUGUGGAUAAGAGGCCAUAACGUAGGCGAGUGGGUUACAUACAAGGUGCCCCAGGCUCCUGCCCUGGAUUUGCCCUAUGGCUUUUGUUUCUCACCCCCCUGGGCUGAAACUGUUCCAUUGCCUCCUGACUCCUCCCUCAUCCGCCUGACAUUUCAAAUAGCGCUCUUAUUGGCUGUAACUUCAUGACUGUACUUGGUUCUGAUUAAAAUAAAUAGUGAUCGGUA